CUCGCUCUGUCCGAAUCUGUGCUCGGCACCAACCCAGCCCGGGCAAGCGGCCGCCACCUGCCUCGCGCCGCCACGGCCCGCCCCCACCGCGGCCCAACUUGGAUGGAGUUGGGGUCCUGAGCGCCUGCCCCUCGCAGCCGGCCAGCUGAGAGCCCUGCACGGCCGCCUCUGGUCCGGGACCCCUUCGCUCCUCUCUGCUCCCGCGAUGGGAAAAGUUGGCGUCGGCGGCGUCUCCCCAGCCGGGCUGAGCGCGCUCCUCGCGGGCGCGGGGCUCUUGGUCCUCUGCGCCCCUGGCUCCAGCGGCGGCGGCUCCUGCUGUCCCCCGCGGCUUCCCAGCGCGGCUCCACGCUGGGCUCUGACCCCAGCGGGGCUUCCUCACCAGGGACCGCGAGGCAGAGCUCCUGCUACGCCCCUGCCCCAACUCGGACGCCCCCUGUUCGCAGUGGCCCCCGGAGACAGAGCGCUGUCCCUGGAGCGGGCGCCGGGCGCUGGGGCGUCGGUAGCGGUUGCUCCACGCUCUGGGCGGAAGAGACGGAGUGGAGAGGAUCGAGAGAAGGCUGAGCGAGGAGAGGGGACAAGUAGAAGCCCUCGGGGAGUGCCAAGGGACAGAGGGCAGCACGAGCCUGGGACUUUGGAGCGGGACCCGGACAAAGCCACUCGCUUCCGGCUGGAGGAGCUGAAACUGACCAGCACCACCUUCGCGCUGACGGGCGACUCAGCACACAACCAAGCCAUGGUCCACUGGUCUGGCCACAACAGCAGCGUGAUUCUCAUUUUGACAAAGCUGUAUGACUAUAACCUGGGGAGCAUCACCGAGAGCUCGCUUUGGAGGUCAACCGAUUAUGGGACAACCUAUGAGAAGCUGAAUGAUAAAGUUGGGUUGAAAACGAUUUUAAGCUAUCUCUACGUGUGUCCUACCAACAAGCGUAAGAUUAUGCUGCUCACAGACCCAGAGAUUGAGAGCAGUUUACUGAUCAGCUCGGACGAAGGGGCAACCUAUCAAAAAUACCGGCUGAACUUUUACAUCCAGAGCUUACUUUUCCACCCCAAACAAGAGGACUGGAUUCUGGCAUACAGCCAAGACCAAAAGUUAUACAGCUCUGCUGAAUUUGGGAGAAGAUGGCAGCUUAUCCAGGAAGCGGUUGUACCAAACAGAUUCUACUGGUCUGUGAUGGGGUCGAACAAGGAUCCGGACCUUGUGCAUCUAGAGGCCAGAACUGUGGAUGGUCAUUCACAAUACCUAACAUGCCGAAUGCAGAACUGCACAGAGGCCAACAGAAAUAAACCUUUCCCAGGCUACAUUGACCCAGACUCUCUGAUUGUCCAGGAUGAUUAUGUGUUUGUUCAGCUGACAUCAGGGGGACGGCCACAUUACUACGUGUCCUAUCGAAGGAAUGCGUUUGCCCAGAUGAAGCUCCCCAAGUAUGCUUUGCCCAAGGACAUGCACGUCAUCAGCACUGAUGAGAACCAAGUGUUUGCAGCGGUCCAAGAGUGGAACCAGAAUGACACGUACAACCUCUACAUCUCAGACACACGUGGAGUCUACUUCACCCUGGCCUUAGAGAAUGUCCAGAGUAGCAGAGGCCCUGAGGGCAACGUCAUGAUUGACCUCUAUGAGGUAGCAGGGAUAAAGGGAAUGUUCUUGGCUAACAAGAAGAUUGACAACCAAGUGAAGACUUUCAUCACAUACAACAAAGGCAGAGACUGGCGUUUGCUGCAGGCUCCAGACACAGACCUAAGAGGGGACCCUGUGCACUGCUUGCUGCCCUAUUGCUCCCUACAUCUUCACCUUAAGGUCUCUGAGAAUCCCUACACAUCAGGGAUCAUCGCCAGCAGAGACACAGCCCCCAGCAUCAUAGUGGCUUCAGGUAAUAUAGGUUCUGAGUUGUCAGACAGUGACAUCAGCAUGUUUGUCUCUUCAGAUGCGGGAAACACUUGGAGGCAGAUCUUUGAAGAAGAACACAGUGUUUUGUAUCUGGAUCAAGGUGGAGUCCUGGUUGCUAUGAAGCACACAUCUCUCCCAAUUCGACAUCUCUGGUUGAGUUUUGAUGAAGGGAGAUCUUGGAGCAAAUACAGUUUCACAUCUAUUCCCCUUUUUGUGGAUGGGGUUCUGGGUGAACCUGGGGAAGAGACUCUCAUCAUGACAGUGUUUGGCCACUUCAGUCACCGCUCUGAAUGGCAGCUGGUCAAAGUGGACUACAAGUCCAUUUUCGAUAGGCGUUGUGCCGAGGAAGACUACAGACCCUGGCAGCUGCACAGCCAGGGGGAAGCAUGCAUCAUGGGAGCGAAGAGGAUAUAUAAGAAGAGAAAAUCCGAGCGGAAAUGCAUGCAGGGAAAAUAUGCAGGCGCCAUGGAGUCUGAGCCCUGUGUCUGCACAGAGGCUGAUUUUGACUGUGACUAUGGUUAUGAGCGACACAGCAAUGGUCAGUGCCUGCCAGCCUUUUGGUUCAAUCCAUCCUCUCUGUCGAAGGACUGCAGCUUGGGGCAGAGUUACCUCAAUAGUACUGGGUAUAGAAAGGUGGUUUCCAAUAACUGCACCGAUGGAGUGAGAGAACAGUACACAGCCAAGCCACAGAAGUGCCCAGGGAAGGCCCCGCGGGGGCUCCGGAUCGUCACUGCUGAUGGAAAGCUGACGGCGGAACAAGGGCACAACGUUACUCUUAUGGUACAGCUGGAAGAGGGUGACGUCCAGAGGACACUCAUCCAGGUGGACUUCGGGGAUGGCAUCGCAGUGUCUUAUGUCAACCUCAGCUCCAUGGAAGAUGGGAUCAAACACGUCUAUCACAAUGUGGGCAUUUUCCGAGUGACCGUGCAGGUGGACAACAGUCUGGGGUCUGACAGCGCCGUCCUGUACUUACAUGUAACUUGUCCCCUGGAGCAUGUACACCUGUCUCUUCCCUUUGUCACUACGAAGAACAAGGAGGUCAACGCAACUGCCGUCCUGUGGCCCAGCCAAGUGGGCACCCUCACUUAUGUGUGGUGGUACGGGAACAACACCGAGCCCCUGAUCACCUUGGAGGGAAGCAUAGCAUUCAAGUUUACUUCUGAAGGGAUGAACACCAUCACAGUGCAGGUCUCAGCUGGGAAUGCCAUCCUGCAAGACACGAAGACCAUCGCGGUUUACGAGGAAUUCCGAUCUCUUCGCCUGUCCUUUUCUCCAAACCUGGACGAUUACAACCCAGACAUCCCUGAGUGGAGGAGAGACGUCAGCCGAGUCAUCAAAAAGGCCUUGGUGGAGGCCACCGGGGUUCCGGGCCAGCACAUCUUGGUGGCAGUGCUGCCUGGCCUGCCCACCGCUGCAGAGCUCUUUGUCUUACCCCAUCAGGACCCCACAGGAGAAAACAAAAGGCCAACCGAGGACCUGGAGCAGAUAUCAGAACUGCUGAUUCACAAGCUCAACCAAAACUCUGUGCACUUUGAGCUGAAGCCGGGGGUCCAAGUCCUUGUCCACGCAGCCCACUUAACAGCAGCCCCGCUGGUGGACCUCACUCCAACCCACAGUGGCUCUGCCAUGCUGAUGCUGCUGUCCGUGGUGUUUGUGGGGCUGGCGGUGUUCGUCAUCUACAAGUUCAAAAGGAAGAUCCCGGGGAUUAAUGUUUAUGCCCAGAUGCAGAAUGAGAAAGAACGAGAGAUGGUCAGUCGAGUCAGUCACCCUGAAAGCAGGCCCUAUGUCCCUCAGACUGAACUCAGGAGGCCUGGCCAGCUGAUAGAUGAGAAGGUGGAGUCCCAGCUCAUAGGAGAGUAGCUUUACCCUCCCCUCCCUCCCCUUCUACUCAACCUGGUGACUCAUCUCUCCGAUUGCAAAGAGCAAGACACGCCACUCCACCUUCAACGCCAAAGCGGGGAUCGGCUGGGGCUCAAUUUGCCAUUUAAGGAAAACCCCCAAAGGCUACAGGCGACCUGCUGAUCAGGAAAGAAUUUCGCUCUUGUCAAGUGCAUCCUUCUCCAUGACCACUAACUUUGUGUUUUUUUUUUUUUUUUUUUCCUUUGUUGUUCUGUUUCCUAUCUUGCCAGGAAGUAUUUCCAUAGUUGCUGAGAAUCAAAGCACAAAAGAAAUCCCUACCUAUGUAAAUGUUUGACUGGAGGACGCCAGUAAAAACAAAAACAAACAAAUAAAAUAAAAACAAUCAAAAUCCAAACAGACAAACAAACACUCACUGCAUCGGGACUUUUUAAUUCUUCAGACACAACAAGGGUUUUUAGCUUUAAGCCUGUGCAUGUGGACAGUACCUUGAGAACAUGCUUGGAGGGGCAGUGUACAGGUGCUCUAUUUUAAUGGAAAAAACACUCCCCUCCCCCUUUCUUCUUCUCUCUCUUUUUUCUGAUCGGUCGUGUUUGUAGAAAAUUCCUAACAUAUAUAGGCCAAGGAAAUCUGCAUGUAUUUUUGGAAAUAUUCUUGGCUCUAGAUUUAACAGCUCUUUUAGCACUAUAGGCUGAUGGGUGGAUUAGCCACCCCGGCUCUUUUCACAAGACACAAAGACAUGCACAGGAGUUCAAAACCCUGAGCUGUUUCUCUGUUCCACUUUCCUUGUUGCUAUUUUCCCCUUCUAAGUUAUCUUGGGGAGCUCUGUUGGCUGACAGCGGUCACAAGGUGGCCUUCUCCAUUCUGAGCGGCCAUAGGGACAAAGAAGCAACUUCAGGUUCCAUGGAUGCAGGCAGAAUAGGGAAGGAAGGAAGGAAGGCAAGGGGCAAGUGUGUCAAAAGUGGACCUGGGUCUCCCGUUCCCCCUUCCAAUCAUGACGACCUCUCCUCUAGCUUUCCCUACUCCUGCCCUGUGUAGGAAACAGAAUCCCAGUUACCCGCAUUCUGACCUUCCCAUUUGUCUGCUCUCCGCCUGUGGUCACGAUCUGUCAAAGCCUUUGUAUCUCUUUCUUCCAGUCCCCAACUUAUCCUACCACAGCUCCUGCCUUUUCCUCCCAAACAUGUUGCUAGAUUCUGGACUUUCAUCCUGAUGUUUCUUAAAAACUGACUUCGCCUCUGCCACCCUGCCUCCACCACCCAAAGUUUCUGAUCUCUGUGUCAGCUUUGAACAUGCCCACGCAUGCAGCCUCCAUAUACAUCCUGCCCUGCAAGGGUCAGCUUCAUGUUUUUUGGUUUUUUUUUUGUCUCCUCCUGUAGAACCUGCCUUUUCUAAGUAUCCUUGCCUUUCCCCACCUGGAAACACAUAAUGUGUGUGAAAGAGUUGAGAGAUGCAAAGCAAUUCCAACCUGGCCCAUGUAUCUUAGAAAAGAAAGUGUAAGAAUGAAUGGUGGUUUUUCCUCACAGCUUAACAAAUAUCUCCUGCAGUCAGAUUCCAGAAGAUUCUUGUGAGAAAUGUUCUGCAUGUGUUACUGUGUGGCAGGGCAAUUUCCUCCUGUGAUGGUUGCUAUUACCCAGUAGUUCUCUUGCAGUAGAGUGAAAUUAUUUGUAAAAUAAAACCGAUGUUAAGCAGAA